CAGAAGACGUCGCUGUGGUCGUGUUGGAUCUCUUCUGCCGGUCUGAUUUCACGUUGGGAAGUUUCCACCAGGCCUUGGGCUCAUCCUGAAGUGUGUUCACACGAGACGCAGCCCUGCAUUUCAAAACAGAAGAAGAGCAUUUCGCCAUGAAUUCUGAGAUGGAUGGUGACAUAGAAAAUCAGGUGGAGUUGGAGGAGAAGACCAGACUUAUAAACCAGGUCCUUGAGUUGCAGAAUACUCUUGAGGAUCUCUCAGCUCGGGUGGAUGCAGUAAAAGAAGAAAAUCUGAAGUUAAAAUCAGAGAAUCAGGUUCUUGGGCAGUACAUUGAGAACCUCAUGUCGGCAUCUAGCGUGUUUCAGACCACUGACUCCAAGAGCAAACGGAAGUAAGAGAGCAUCCCUCUCCCAGAAUCCCUGGUGUAGACGGCAGCCCCACGCAGAUAAACCCUUACCACAUCAGCUCAUUUAAAGUUCCCAUAGCAUUCAUUUGAUCCUUAUGCCACUAAGAUGGUAAAUGUUUACAUUUAUCAGUAUUUAUGUUCGUUUACAUUUCAUCUAAUUACAUAAAAAAAAAAUCAUUUUAUAAAGAAGUUUUUAUAUGUGUUAUUUUGUAGUUGUUUUUUAUGUUCAGACAGGUUAUGAUCAUUUUAUUUGUAAUAUUUUACAUCGUUUUUGUCUCGCUAAACAAAUUGAUAAUGGUUUAAAAAUGUAAUAUGUAUUUUGUACUUGAUUUCAUACGUUUGCGUUGUAGAUGAGGGUACAGCUGUGAUGAUGUGACCGUUGCUCUCUCCCGCUGAGCUGUUUGUCUGGAUCAGUACUGAUUGUACUCAAGUUGAGAGAAAACAUUACAGGUCAUUCUAAUCAGGGAAUGAAAUUUAGACCCUUUUCUUGGUGCUAUCAACAGAAGGGAGUUCUCUGGCAUGCAUCACAUCUGUGCCUCUGAAUAAAUUAAUGUAUUUUUUGUGUUUGUAUGUGUUGAAUCUUACCAUUGCGUGGCAUUGCAAAUGCCUGUUUUAAUUAAAACAAAUAUAAUUUGC